UAAAAGGCCAGGGAGCAAAUGCAAGGAGCAGCAACUUGAAGUUGAAGUCUAAGGCAAAGGAUCAGGCUACUGCUUCUGUUAUUCCUAGGAAUUUGCUCUUUCACGGAGGAACGCAAUGGUCUUGUUGAAAGUCUCAGCUUUGCUCGUUAUGUCUGCUUUGGUCCUAUGCCAGAUGUCAGGCUCACAAGCAGCACCUGCCAGAUCUGAGCUGGAAUCCAUGUCAGAGCGGAUGACCCUCAGUGACUACGAGGCUCGAAGGCUACUGAAUGCCCUGGUGAAAGAAUUUACACAGAUUGCCGCCGAAGAACUUGAACAGGUGGACGAUGGCAACAGCAGUGUAACAACACAGAAGAGGUCUUGUAAUACAGCUACUUGUGUGACUCAUCGGCUGGCGGACUUCCUCAGCAGGUCAGGAGGGAUGGGCAGCAGCAACUUUGUACCCACUAAUGUAGGUGCUAAAGCAUUUGGCAGAAGACGACGAAUGGCUCAGAUGUGAAUGGGAAAAGAUAACUAUGAUUUGGACAAGCAGCAUUGACUUCCUGGUGACAGAGAUUAUUUCCUUACCUCCUUACUUAAUGAUCAACAUGCAGAAAAUGGGACAUACUUAGCAAACUUUUCAAAUUAUAGAUAUAUGUAUAUAUUUGGUUUUGUUAAUAAAGCAAUUUAAGUUAUAUAUAUAUAAUAAAAGAGCGACUAUAAUUUAUUACAUAUAUUCUCCUUUUAUAUGCCACUUUGUUUUAAUAAACUUUGGCUGCAUCUAUAAUUAAUUUAUUUAUCCUGCAGCAUAUUUAUGCAGCGUGAUCGAUGCUAUUUAUGUUUUCUUGGCAGUAUUCUGCCAUAUCUCGGGGACUGCGUAACCUGCUGCCUACAGAGGCUAUCUGUAAAAUACUGUGCUGUGCCUUGGUGUAAAACAUAACAUGAUUGUACAGUAUGUUGAAAUCGUCAUUAUUGUACUGAUUGUGAAUUUCAGCAAGAGUAAAAAAGUAUUUUAGAUACA